AUGUCGCUGUCGGUGUUGCAAAAAAGAAGGGGCGGCAAGCCCGCACAGGCGGCCAGCGCCGCGUCCCGCAGCCUGUUUGACGAGGACGACUUUGCCAGCGACGGCCACAAGAUCGGCAUCGACGCCCGCGACAUCGCGCAGGACCACACGGUCAAAAUCCCGUUCUUGACCUUGAUGGAGGAGGUCUUGCUCAUGGGACUCAAGGACAAGGAAGGCUACUUGUCGUUCUGGAACGACAACAUCUCGUACGCGCUCCGCGGGUGCAUCUUGUUGGAGUUGGCGUUCCGGGGCAAGAUCACUUUGGUCAACGACCCGGCGCGGCGGCGCUUCGACUUGUGCGACCGCUUGGUGGAGGUGGUCAACACCGAGCUCACGGGCGAGGUGUUGCUCGACGAGGCGUUGAAAAUCAUGAAGAACGACGAGGGCCACUUGUCCGUGUCCAACUGGAUCGACUUGCUCUCGGGCGAGACCUGGAACUUGAUGAAAAUCAACUACCAGUUGAAGCAGGUGCGCGAGCGCUUGGCCAAGGGCUUGGUGGACAAGGGCAUUUUGCGCACGGAGCGCAAGAACUUCUUCUUGUUCGACAUGGCCACGCAUCCCGUUGCCGACAAGAUGUCGAAGGAGAACAUCCGCAACCGAGUGUUGAGCUUCUUGACGCUGCGCACCAUCGACUUGGACGCCUUGAGCAACGACCAGUUUGCGGCCGAUACCUCGUACAGACACCUCCGGACCGUGGCCUUGGUCUGCGGCGCGUACGCCGCCAACGUGUUGGAAAACGUGUUGCUAGCGCUCAACUACGACGCGCGCGACCAGGCGUUUGCCCGGGCCGACGAGUUGUUGAAUGAGUACAGCGAGUUCCCGUUCUGCGCCAAGGGCCCGCUGAGCCCAUUGGGGUUGGGCCUCAACUUGGCCGAGGAGGUAGGCAAGGAGACCGAGCAGACCAGCGAGUUGACGCUAGAAUUGAUUGCCGCGGUGGUCAGCGUGUUUGCCAGAAUGGACUCUAUAUUGUAA